UGGGUAGUAUGGGUACCCGUUAUCCGUCCCGUAUGGGUAAUGGGUACCCGUUUCCCAUAUGGGUUUGGGAUAUGGGAUGGACUUUGGUCUCCAAAUGGGAAUGGGUACCCGUUUAAAAUGGGACGGGUAUCCCGUCCCUUCCCGUUGCCCACCCCUAAUGCUUGUCUACACAUAAUAUAAUACACCAAAGGGAAAAACGGGAGCCCCAUUUCAAAUUUCCUGCAACGAGAGUGAAAGUAGGAAGGACAUUUUGGUCUUCACAAUUACUUUUUUUUAUUCAUUAAAAAGAUAUGUACUGGGAUUUGAACCAUGACCAUUUUAAAGAAAGGCAAGGAUUAUAACCAAUCACACUAAGUACAUUUGUUGUAUCCUUUUAAAUUAAAAACAUAUAAUAGCAGGGUGGAAAAAACUCUUCCCCCAUUUCAAAUUCCAUGUUCCAUGAGCGUUUGUAGGAAUGGUAGAAUAGGGAGUGUCAAUUUUUUUCUCUUUCCUCUGUGGAACGGGCCAACUUACCGUACACAUGCGGAUUUAAACGAGUCCAGGAAUGUCAAUUUUUUUCUUUAUACCCUUUUAUUUAUCCGUGGUGAUAAAAUAUAUAUGAAAAGUCAAAAAUAAUACUCCUUUUUAUUGUUAAAAAUAAAAAAUUUAACAAUAGACUAAUGCAUGGUAUCUAAUGGGCUAACCGCUAACCAUAAAAUAAAAGAGUUGAAUGGGUCUGACCUACAUGGGAUUUGGUCAUCAAGUAAAACAAAUGAACAUCAUGGGUUUGCCAUUCUAAAACAAGCUAUUUUCUAUGACAUAAUAUAUAUUAUGCUAUUAUUUUAUAUCUUAGUGGCUAAAAUAUAAUGUAUUUUAAAGUUAUUCAAUGGUUCAACCUCGACCAACCCAAUUAGUCCAAUUUUUAUCAUUUCAAAUAUAUAUUUUAUAAUUAUUUGACAUCAUAAUGAUCAAAUUAUAGUGUAUUUUAUAGGGAAUCGUUUGGUAUUUGUUAGUAAAAAACUAAACAUAAAAAUCUAUUUGGUAAUUUUAAACAUUAAAACGAUCCUCAACAUUUUCAGUUCCUUUUGAAUUUAUAUGGUUUUAUUCCCGAAUAAGUGAUGUGCAAAUGGCGAAUUGUAGUCGUCUUUUUUCUUUCAUUAUUUUUUAUUUUCAAAUAGAAAGUUUAAAAGUAAAGAAUAAUUAGAAUUUGGCAUAGGUCGGUCAAACAGGUUGAAUUUCAAGUUUUGGCCCAUUUGUUUUAUGCAUUGCAAAUUUAUUAGCAUGUUGAUGGAAAUGGCUUGGAAAAACGACAUAUAAGUUGUAUCAUUGAAGAAAUGUCCUCAAAUGUUUGAAUGCUUUGUGAAUCAGGUUCUGUGACUUUUGUGAUGGUGUAUGUGCUUGACGAUUGCUCGAUGUUGUAACUACUUAAUUUAAGAGUAAAUCUUUUGAUUUUCCCUAUGAGUUGUGAUACCAGUUCUGGUGGUUGCAGCAUGUUGUCGUUGUUGGCCUUUAAAAGUUGUUCCGCCGUGAUGCUAAAUACCUUUCUUUCUUUUUUAACAAAUUGUGUAGUAGUGCUAUGAAACAGACCACCCAUGAACGCUACGCUUAUUAUGGUCUGUUCUUACUUCCGGUGGUGAGAAAUUGUGAAUUGAGAAUCAUAUUCGCCUACCGCACUGUGUCUGGUUGGUGGCUGCUUACUGUGCUCUCUAGAGUUAUGAAACAGACUACCCAUGAACUUUACCCUUAAGAGUCCAUAACUUUGCGAAAAAACAAAUAUAGGCAAUCAAAGGUGGUGGAUGUGUGAUGAUUUUUUAUGGCUUAAUUGUUUGUGAAUUAGAUAUUUGAUCUUUGUAUGAUUAGAGGGGAUGUUUGCUUAAUAGAAUAAUCCAUUUUAAUUCAUGUUUAUUUUUAACAUGAACUUUAGUAACUCAAAACCUUCGAGACACAUAUCACCUACUGCAUUGUAUCAUUUUGCCUGGGUGCUUGCUGUGUUGUCAAACUUCUUUGCUGCUGAUGCAUUUACACUAACAGGGGAGUUAAGAACCCAUGAAUGUUUCCGUUUGACACAAACAAGAGGACUUACUUCUAAAUCGUGCACUAAAGAUGAUUGGAGGAAACAUCUCUGUUGCAGUUGAUACACUGGAGACCAUAACAAAAGCAACGUAUAACAUCAAAACCAACCAUAUGAACUAUUAGCAUUGUUGCUUUACUCUUUUUUCGUGGUUGAGUCUCCUUCAAAAAAUUUAGUUUGAUUUUAGAAAAUUUUGCUUCUGCAGUCCUGUCUUGCCACCAACGCGUUCAGUAGAUGGAGAUGGCAGAGGCGAAGGCUAUUUUGUGUUGUUGUUGCUGGUUUAGGGAUCGGUUUGUGAAGAAGAGGGAGAAGAGAGGGGGAAAGGGAAAUGCAUGAGAGGGGAAUAACUCUUUUCUCCGACAAAAAUGGAGUGAAGAAAGGAAUUAUGAUCAGUAAGGAUAUGGUUAUCUUACAUAACUGUGUCUAUUCUGUUUGAAUUGAGCUUGGGAGGUAGUGAUAAGGACGAGCUGCAACCAAUUCAUAGUGAUAAGAGUGCUAUGAACUGUGAUCAUGUCUUAUUUCAAGUUAGAAUGUAGUUUCAGUAUAAGGAUUAUUUAAUUUGACAAGUUAUUUCGUCCAUGAUUCUUGGUAGUUUCAGUGCCAUUCUAGCCAUUGUUUAGUCUGUAAUUUUUGAGAAUUGAUGUGCGAGUAAUGACUUUCACUUAGCUUCAACUAUUAUGUGUGUAUUUAUUGGCAUGUGAUAGAAUUCUCUUUUCCUUUUCUUUGAAUUCAUUUUCAUACUUUAAUUGUAUCAUUUGUACAUAGGCAAAUCAUGCUCGAGAUGACAACUUGCUGAUAUGGCUGGUGCAAGGAAUGAAGCCAUCAUUAAAAUUCAGACCGACAACGGGGAGGGAUGCCCAGGACUAAUUCAAUGAUGAUUGAUGAUGGUAUGAUAAAAACUGCAGUCUGCAUCAACACCAAUUUCUAGGCCUAAGUAAAGUUAUUCAACCCAGAACUCUGCUUAGCGCUAAAAAUUGCCCUCACCCAACCUUUAUCCUGUUUGACCCACUUCUGAAGAGUCAAGAUAUAUUACUAAUUCUCUCCAUUCGUAUUUUCUUAUUGACUCUUUCUGACCCUUUAGGUUGGGGCGGGUCGGGAAGAAUCGGAUUAGUGGGCCAGUCUUAAUCAAGUGGAAUCCCAAUCCCUUCACUCUCACUUGCUUUCUCUCCCAUUCCACAAGUGGGUAACAUACAGUAAUCCGGCCAACGGGCCGGGUAAUAAGCUAGUAAUAAAAAUGCUCGGAUGGGCCGCAAAAUAAAGCAACUUAAGCAAAUAGAAAAAGUAAAAAAGCAAAAUGAUGAACGGGGACCGCUGCGCUGACCGACACGCUACACUCCGGACGGACACCGCCACGUGUGAGCUCCCACCUUAAAACCCCCGCCAUUUUGCCUCAUUUUCAAAACGCGAGAAUUCGUUUUUCUUCUCUUCUCUUCUCUUCCAUUUCCUUCCAAUUUCUAUCCUCUUGCUCUCCGCUUGCUACAUAAAACCCUAGAAAGAAACCAAAACAUAAAGAAAACCAAGAAAAUUCCAAUCCUCCCAAAGCUCUCUCCCUCUGUCUUUCUCUGCUUCCUUCCAUUUCUACCAUGCACCUAUUCUCCUACACCGUCGAUUCCCUCUCCAAAUCCCAAGACCUAGCCGCCGCCAUCCUCGCCUCCUCCACUCCCUCCCAGAUUUCCGCCGCCUGCUCCUCCCUCGACUCCUUCCUCUGCUCCCACUCCCCCGACCAGUCCCGCCACUUCUUCUCCCUCGCCUUCCCCGCCCUCAUCUGCAAGCUCUACGGCUUCGACGACGCCUCCGCCUCUCCCUCUCCUUCCCCCGGCGGCGGCGGCUGGAUCGACGCCAUCCUCCACUCCAACGACGCCGAUCUCGCCGCCAGGGUCUUCGACCUCCUUUCCCCCGACGGAGUGCUGUUCCACUUGAUCUCCGCGGUCGAUCGUCAGUCCCUCGUCAAAUACGUGUUCCCCACCGAGCGGUUGCCGGAGUGGGCUCGGCUCCUUCUCUCUGCGGGCAAGGAUUGUCAGGGAUUGAACGCCUUGUGUCCUGUUUUCCAAGGUAAAGUGAGGGAAGGAGGAUCGGGUAAGGGUUCUUCCUCUUCUUCUUCGUCGUCGUAUCAAAUUCAGCUCAAUGUUUUCGAGUAUUUCUUGUAUUGGUUCGCUUACUACCCGAUCUGCAAAGCCAACAGCGAGAAUUCGAAUGGUGCUACGAUCGGGACGGUGAAGAGUAAGGCGGUGUCGAAAUUGGAAAACUGGGCUUCUUCGAUCCCCAGGCUGUCGCAUGCUAAGCGUGGGAAUGAGCUGAAAUUGGAGUGUGAUCUUUACGUCAGGCUUCUGUAUGCUUAUUUGCGUGCGUUUGUGCCUGUUCAGGUUCCGGGUACUCACCAGCCUCAUCGUAGCUCGCUUUUGCAUUAUGGGUAUGGAAAUGAUGGCUCUGCUACGAUGAGAGCCGAGUUUUUUGUUGAUGCUUUGGUGCAUUAUUGGCUAGUUGAUAAUGAUUUCUCGCCGCUACCGGUUAAUCUUUGUAAGUCUGUGGGAUUAUCGUUUUCACUGAGGUCUGUACUGGGUGAGACUCCACCAUCAUCUAGUUUGGGUGAGGUAGUCAAUUUGUUGGUUAAGUACUUGAACUGGAGUGCCAAUGUGUCCCAAGAAGGUGUUGGACGAGUUGCAAAUACAAAUGGGGGAAGGUUUUCUCCAAGUUUCUUUGAUAUGAAAUCUGGAGAGUUGGUUGCUUCUGUAUACAAGUCUUCAGAGUUGGCUGGCUCGUGGAACUUGUGCAUUCAAAGACCGUUGUAUCGAUUCAUUCUGAGAACUUUUCUUUUCUGCCCAAUGGGAACUUCGAUAAAGAAUGCAUCUCAGGUGUUCUCUGUUUGGGUUGCUUACAUUGAACCAUGGAAGACCACGAUGGAUGAUUUUCUGGAGCUCGAUGCAAUUGUUGGUUGUUCUGGGAAAGAUGGUAAUAAGGAAGUUGGACAGAACAAACAAUGUGUCUAUCUAUCGUCAUGGGAAGGCUAUGUCUUGUCCAAUUACUUGUACUACAGCUCAUUGGUUAUGCAUUUUAUUGGAUUCGCACACAAGUUUCUUCACACUGAUCCUGUAGUGAUUGUGGAGAUGGUGUUAAAGGUUAUAACAGUAUUGACAUCAAACAAAGAGUUGAUAAAUCUGUUAAAGAAUGUGGAUAAAGUCUUUCAUGCCAAACAAGCCGGAUCUGGCAAAGCCAUGCUCAGUAGUUUAUACAAAUAUGUACCCCUAAUCAGAGAACAGCUGCAGGAUUGGGAGGAUGGUUUGUGCGAGAGUGAUGCUGAUGGAUCUUACUUGCAUGAGAACUGGAACAGAGAUCUGAUGCUUUUUAGUGAUGUAGAAGAUGGAGGACAACAAUUGUUACAGUUGUUUAUACUACGUGCGGAAUCCGAGUUGCAAGCCAACUCUGGUGUCAACUAUUCACAAAAUCUGGAGCUUAUAGACUCACUGAAGGAGCAAGUAAGCUGCUUAUUUGGUUGCUAUGGCGUGAGAUCAAUUUCUUUCACACCAGAGAAGAAACAACCGGCAGAGCAGAUGCGAGAUGAGAUAUUCACCCCCAGAAAAGCUGGAAGCUACACCUUUGCUGAUGUCAAGUACAAGGGUGACUGGAUGAAGCGUCCAGUAUCUGCUGAUGAGGUUGCAUGGCUUGCAAAUUGGUUUGUUUGCUUGUCCUGUUGGCUGAAUGAGACCCUUGGGUUGGAUCGAGCUGAAAAUGGCGAUGCGAGCUCAAAGUGGUCUUAUGUUGAGGUUUCCAGCAAUGCAGCAAAUAUUGAUGGACCUACAGAAACCAUGAAGACUGUGUUGCGCGCUAUCUGCUCAUGGCUCCUAAUGCUUGUUGCUACGGUUGUUGGGUUUAUGAGGAAGCAUGGCGUUCGGGUGAAUCUUAGGCCACUAGCAUCGAAGAAAGUUGUUACAGUUUUGCUUCUGUCUGCUCUUUUUAGUGUCGUGAAGAAGGGUGUUAGAAUGUUUCUGGGAGCAUAGCCUUUUGCGAAGAAUCGAAAUCGGGAGAAACAGAAGAAAUGAAAAGGUAAAAAAACUACCACUGUAGGAGUAUGUAAAUCUUUACUCAGUUUGCUAAAAAAAGAAAAGAUAUGGCGAAAAGUCUACACAGGAAACAGUUUGAAAGAAAAGCCGCUGUGUGAGGUUUGCCGCUUUGAGGGCUUGUUCGCCUUGCUUUUGUAACUAAAGGUCUAAGGGUAGGGAUCUUGUGCAGCUCUUGAGGUUUUCUCCUUUCUUUUGUUUGCUUACUGAAAUCAGUAAGCUUCUUACCUGAAUCAUGUUCAUGUACAACACAACACCUCUUGUAAUUUUGGUCUGAAUGUGAAUAUAUUUUUCACACAUGAGCUUUACAUGGAUCCACCAUUACAGAAUAGAUGAACUGAAAUAUG